AUGGCAGAAGAAAACAGAGCAACCAAGGAUAUGUGUGAAUUUUGUUUUGACACCAUUAUCCAUCAAUUACAACGGUCCAAAGAAUCACUUCCACCAUAUCCCUGCAAUGACCGAUUUCCACUAUUCGUGACAUGGAAAAAGAAGCCUGGUUUGAGAAGUUCAUUUAUAGCAGAAUCAGUCUCUGAAGAGUACCACUUGAGAGGUUGCAUUGGAACAUUCUCUCCAUUAGCUCUUUCGGAUGGGUUGAAACAAUAUGCAAUCAUUGCAGCAUUUAAGGAUCAUCGCUUCGAUCCCAUUGUGAUGAGUGAGGUUCCUCAAUUAAAAUGUGCAGUGAGUUUGCUGGUCAACUUUGAAGAGGUGGACGUUGGUAAUGUGUACGAUUGGGAAGUUGGAACCCAUGGAAUUCGUAUUAAAUUUGAAGUGAACGGUCGAGAAUACGGAGGCACAUAUUUACCAGAGGUUGCAAAAGAGCAAGAAUGGACCAAAGAAGAGACUGUAUCUUCACUCGUACGAAAGGCAGGAUUUAAAGGAAAGGUGACGCACUCCUUGUUGGAGAGUAUUGAAUUAGAACGUUAUCAAUCCAGUAAGGUCGACAUGACCUAUGAGGAAUAUGUGGAAUGCAAAAACAACACCAACGGCAAGGUUGGUACCGCUAGACAGUUCUCCACUAGUAAGAGUUUGGGGAGUAUGGAUGAAAGCGACGAAAGUGAUGAUGAAUAUUGA